AUGCUGAUGCUGCACCGGGUUCAUGUCCCGGUGGUUUGUCCCAUCGAUCGGGCAGGACAUCUCCGGAGUCUGCACACCACGUUCUGUUCUUUCGGACGUAAGAUGACGGGACACCUCUCGCAGCGGGUGGAUGACUGCUUUAGCGAAUCCAGACGUAAGCUCAUGCUACAUCCUAAUGACUGA